AUGGAAGAGUAUGGUCAUCCCGGCCACAACAUUGUUACCUUAUUUGAUAGGACCAUGACCAGAAUGGAAUGUCGGUGCCGAUUCUGGGAGAAGGAGGGCUUUCCAUGCAGGCACAUGUUCUUUGUCAUGAAGCACGAGCAUUUAAAGGAUAUUCCAAAUCGUUUAAUUCUGAAGCGGUGGAGGAGGGACGCCAAGGCAAUUGAAGAGUAUGGCGAUAAGUCCGACGACAUGUUGAGCGAGAGAAGUUUUCUAUUGCGGCAUGGGGCACUCCAUGCGGCAUCACAGUGGAUGUUAUACCUUGGUUCAAAGAAUCGAACUGUAUUUAAGACUGCAAUGGAGGGAAUUCGCAGAAUUUGUACUGACAUCCAUGCAAUUCUUGGUCAACCGAAUGAGGGAAGAAAAGCAAAUGCGAACGAGGACAUUCGGGAUCCUGUUGUUGUUAGAACUAAAGGUGCUCCACGGUCCAAAGGCAAAAAGGGAAAGAAGAGGAGAUGUACGUUCUGCAAAAGGACUGGCCACACAAAGCGGACAUGUGUUGAUAGGGUACGAAACCGAUCCAAAUGGGGUUUGCAAGAGGAUGAAGAAUCUGUCGAAAUACCAGGGGCCAAUGAGAAUUUCAUAAUUAAAAUCCGUGGAACUCAGGAGAGGAUCGUCGGAACUGCACAAAGUGAGAUUCUAGCAUCUGUUGCAGAUGCAGGCAGUUGCGACUAUCACCAACAGGUACUAGAUCUCCUGAAAUCGCUGAAUGCAACAAUAGGCUCAGAUGGCAUUGAGAAGUCCCAGUGA